AUGGCCCAGGGCGGCAUGAUCCCGAGCGCGUUUCACUGCUCGGCGGCGAUUGGAGCCUGCAGGAAGCGCAGCCACUGGCCCUUGGCAGUGCAGAUGUUGGCCUUCAUGGAGCAACAGCGAAGUCCUCCGAACGUUCUCUGCUUUAACCUGGCCCUGGGCUGCGGGACGACCCCUGCGGCUGCGAGGCUCCUGCUGCGGACAAUGCAACAGUGGGUCUUGUGCCCGGACAUCAUCAGCUUUCGAACUGCACUGGGAAGCUGUGAGCGCGUGGCCGAUUGGGAGGAGGCAUUGAGCCUUUUCGAGGAGAUGGACAUGGCCAAGGUCCUGCCCGACCAGCGAUGCUACACCGCGCUGAUUCGAGCCCUCGGCCGCCAAGACCUCUGGGACCGGGCCCUCCAGGCCUUUGCGGAGAUGCGAACUGGUGGGCCGACUUCGGACCAGAUCGCGUACUGCUGCACCAUGGACGUGUGUGAGAAGUCCGGCCACUGGGAAUGCUCGCUGCAGCUGCUGCAGACUCUCAAGGAGGACAGUUUGAUGCCAGAUGUCCAAAGCUACGGAAGUGCCAUCAGCGCUUGCGACACCGGCGCUGCCUGGGAGUCGGCCGUGGGCCUCCUCGCUGAGAUGGAGGAGGCAGCAGUUGUGCCCAACGCCGUCGCUGCCAGCGCCGCGCUAAGCGCGGCGGAAACGUCCGGUGCAUGGCAGGUUUGCUUGGCCUUGAUGUGCAGCUUGCAGCAGUGGCGUCUGCCGGCGACGGCCUUGCAGGCAGCGUCCGCGGCCAACGCCCUGCGCCGGGUGAAGGGCCAGGAGGCGGCCUGGCAUCUGCUGGAGGCCGUGCGGGACAAGUGGCGGCGUGAAGCUGGGGCGGAUCCCUCAGUGUCAGAUGAGCUGGAAGGUGCCGGCUGGUCUUCUCCGGGUGUCCUAGCUCGGGGCGCUGGGGUGGCGGCCCUGUCCAAGCCAUCAGGCCGGAGCAGCGAGGCUAUCCUUGACGAGCUUUCUGGUCGGCUGGGCGUGAGGUUGGAGAGCGUAUCGCGGCUUGAUUUUCCCACGUCGGGAGUACUUCCCGUGGCUUUGGGCGACAUGGCCUCCGUCGCGUUCAAGUGGAUCCAGGCACAGUUUGCGGCCCGCCUGGUGGAGAAAGACUAUCUCUGCCUGGUCGAAGGUCCGGCUUUGGGGCCGGUGGGUGCCGAGGGAUGCAUUGAGUUGCCGCUCCGGGACGUCGCGGGUUCAAUGGGGCGGAGCGAGGUCGUCGCCCACGGCCGCCCCGCGCGAACCGAGUUCCGGGUCCUCGAGCGCUUCGCCGGCCUCCAGGGCCAAGGUGACGAGCUGAUGCUCCUCCGUGUGCGCCUGCUCACAGGGCGGAGGCACCAGAUCCGCGUGCACUUUGCCGCCAUCGGCCGACACGUGGUCGGAGAUCUGACUUACGGACGGCGAUGGCAGUCGUGUCUUCCAUACUGCCCGCGGCUCUGGCUGCACUGCGAGAGAAUCGAACUGCGAGAUCUACAAGGUCAUCAGUUCAUCGCCUCUGCACCACUCCCGGAAGAGCUUGAGGUGGUGCUCUCCCAGCUUGGGCCGAUCGCCUCCGAAGCCGGCGGAGCAGAUGGCGUGGAGAAAAGCGAAAACAGCUCGUGA